UGAUUACAAUACAUCGGACUAUGCGGACCAACUCUCCAAUUACACCGACUACAUGUGCCCCACGAUGGACGACAGCAGCACCCAUCAAUUAAGGGCAUUCCUGGUCCCUUUCGUCUACCUGUUGAUCUUUUUGCUGGGGGGUGUUGGAAACCUGAUGGUGAUUGUGAUCCUGUGGUGCUACCGACGCUCCCGCAGCUCCACCGAGCUCUUCCUCUUCCACCUGGCCUUGGCGAACCUUUUGCUCGUGUUCACCUUCCCCUUUGGGGUGGUCCAGAACUUAGCCGGUUGGGUCUUUGGACCUAUCCUCUGCAAGGUGCUCAGCGCCACCAACAGGAUCAACUUCUACAGCAGCAGCCUGCUGCUGGGCUGCAUCAGCGUGGAGCGCUACCUGGCCGUGGUGCACGCGCUGUGGGCCUUCCAGAAGCAGCGAGCCAUCUCCGUCCACCUGACAUGCCUGGCAGUAUGGGUCAUCUCCCUGCUGCUGACAUUGCCUGACCUGCUCUUCACCGAAGUCUGGCCGAGCAGGGGCAACCAGCCCAGCAUCUGCCACUUCAGAGAAUACGGCAAACACGGCAUCAACGCGUGGCUGGCCACACGCUUCCUGUAUCACAUCGUGGGCUUCUUCCUGCCCUCGCUGGUCAUGUGCUUCUGCUACAUAGCCAUUGUCAGAGUCCUGUGCCGCUCCCAGCGGCUGAAGCGGCAGAAAGUGGUUAGAGUAGCCAUUUUGGUCACCAGUGUCUUCUUGUUCUGCUGGACUCCAUACCACGUGGUGAUCUUCCUGGACACCCUCAACAAGCUGGCUACCGCCGACAACGGGUGUACGGUUGAGCUGAGCACCGCCAUUUUGCUGAGCGAGAUGGUUGCCUUCAGCCACUGCUGCCUCAACCCCAUCCUCUAUGCUUUCGUGGGCAUCCGGUUCCGUCACGAUGCUUGCCGACUUCUGAACAGUCUGGGCUGCCUGAGCCAGAGCACCCUGCAGGACAUGCUGGGCACAUGCAGGAUGGAUAGCAGCACCGCAGAGACGAACAUAUCGCUCGUCAACCGCCACCCUUCCUCCCCAUCUUCCACAAAUCCCCUAACCACAUUCAAAGGCUCUCCUCCUUCCUCAUCUUGUCCCCAAGCCCCAGCUGACCAAAGGGCUCAGGGGGGAGAGUCGGGCUCAGCUUAAGCCAAGUCAGAGACCAGCCCAGAAAGUACCCACAGACCAAAGACUGGACGAGCAGGACAUCGCUUAGUAAGCCAGGCACCACUUUCCUGAAAUCCUGUGUGUGAUGAAUGUGCACACUCCUUCCCGCAUCCUUGGAAGAGUCCCAUGAUGUUGGCGAACAUGCGAUGCUUUCAGAUACAGAUACUGCUUUUGCUUCUGAGGUUCAUAUUCCCUUAG